CAUCUCAUCCAGAAAGACGACGGCUAAUCGAAAGCCCAAAAGAGAGAGCGGAGAGGAGGAAGAAGACGACGCGGCACCAUGGCGACGGCACAGGCAGCGUCGGCGGCCCCUACCCACCACCGCGCGUCUCCAGGGACUUCGCCGCCGCAGCCGCCGUACCCCAGCGCCGCCAGGAUUGCCGACUCCGCCUGCUUCCCCCAGUACACCGCCUCGCUCAAGUGUUUGGAGGCCAACCAGGACAAGAGCAAGUGCCAGCAGCAGUUCGACGAUUACAAGGAGUGCAAGAAGAAAGAGAGGGAGGCUCGGCUCGAACGGAAUAAAACAAGAUCACUCUUUGGGUGAACAAUGGUGUCCCAUCUGAGCGAUUUGCUGGCGAUGUGUAAUAAGUCGUUUCCAGUUUCCUGAUGUGAGCGAAAUCACGGCUUGUUUGGUGUCAUGAUGAUCCCUUGCGACUUGUGCAAGGUAGGGACUAGUAUACUGGUCUGUUGUCUCUAGGUGAGGGAGCUGUAAGGUUCGUCUGAGAACAGCUCAUUAACACAAUGGCUAUGGUGAAAGAAUCAAAUGAGUGAGGCUGUAUUUUGAGAACGAGCAGGUGUCAUGACACCACAGUUUGUUCAAUAAAAUUGUAGCCCUGGAUGUUGUACUCCAAAAUAUUUUCAUGUUUUACUAAUUACUAGCAGCUUUGCAUCCA